GAGGGGGCUGAGGGGCUUUUUUCCUCUUCCUCCGGCAUUUCUAGCCCUUCGCUGGCAAAGCCUGCCGUCCGUUUCUUUCUUUUUCGUUCCGUUUUCGUUGCUUUUCAAAGGAGAGUUGUCUCGUUCUGCCACCUCCAGAGCAGGGAAGAGUUUCUUGCUCAGAAGCCCGAAUACAAUGAAUUCUGACUCCAGCUCUGUCUCCAGCAGAGCUUCCUCGCCAGACAUGGAUGAGAUGUACCUGAGAGACCACCACCACCACCACCACCAUCACCACCACCAGGACAGCCGCCUCAACUCCGUCUCCUCCACCCAGAACGACCUGGUGCAGAAGAUGUCCGGGGAAGGCCUCUCCAGGAACGGCUCCAAGGCCGGAGGGGAAGGCAGCAAGUACAAAAUCAAGAAGCAGCUCUCGGAGCAGGACCUGCAGCAGCUGCGAUUGAAGAUCAACGGCCGGGAGCGUAAGAGGAUGCACGACCUCAACCUCGCCAUGGAUGGGCUGCGGGAGGUGAUGCCCUACGCGCACGGCCCUUCUGUGAGAAAACUCUCCAAAAUCGCCACCCUCCUGCUAGCCAGAAACUAUAUCCUGAUGCUCACCAGCUCCCUGGAGGAGAUGAAGAGGCUGGUGGGGGAAAUCUACGGGGGGCACCACUCGGCCUUCCACUGUGGCACGGUGGGACACUCUGCUGGGCACCCGCCCCACGCCGCCGGCCCGGUGCACCAGGUGCACCCCAUCCUCGGCAGUGCCUUGUCCUCCGCCAACACCUCCUCCUCCCUCUCCGCCUCUCUGCCGGCCAUCGGCACCAUCCGGCCCCCCCACUCCCUGCUCAAGACCCCCUCGACCCCCCCCGCCCUGCAGCUCGGCAGUGGCUUCCAGCACUGGGCGGGCUUGCCGUGCCCCUGCACCAUCUGCCAGAUGCCCCCCCCGCCCCACCUCUCCGCCCUCACCGCCUCCAACAUGGCCAGGAUCUCGGGGGAGACCAAGGACCUCCUGAAGUGA